AUGCAUUUAUAUGAUUGGUCCACACGGCUAAUGUUUGUUUCUGAUACACAGAAAAAUAAGUCUAUCGCCGCUAUCAAAGUCGUUCAGAGAGCCAAGCUCAAUCGAAAGCUCCUCGAGAAUCUUGAAUCAGAAAUUCAAAUUCUCAAGAAGCUAAACCACCCCCACAUUGUAGCUCUCACAGACUGCAAGAAAACUGACAAGUACAUCCAUCUCAUCAUGGAAUAUUGCUCUGUUGGUGAUCUUUCGCAUAUCAUCAAGAAGAGAGAGCGUUUAGAUCAAAUACACCCCUGCUUAGAAGGCCUAAUGCAGGAUUAUCCGCCCGUUCCGGGAAGUGGACUCCACGAGGUUGUUGUAAGACAUUUCUUGAAGCAACUGGCGAGCGCGCUCGAGUACUUGAGGAAGGACGGACUGGUUCAUCGGGACGUGAAACCCCAGAAUCUCUUAUUAGAUCCACCACCAGGCUGGGACGGACAUAUCCCCGAAAACCCUUUUCCCUUGGAAGGAUCGCGUGCUCUUGUUGGUCUCCCAUCAUUGCCCAUCUUGAAGCUCGCAGAUUUUGGGUUUGCGAGAGUUCUGCCUGCCACUUCCAUGGCAGAAACUCUUUGCGGAUCUCCACUCUAUAUGGCACCAGAAAUCCUCCGAUACGAGAAGUACGACGCCACUGCGGAUCUUUGGUCUGUCGGAACAGUUCUUUAUGAAAUGAUCGCGGGAAGGCCGCCUUUCCGUGCCCCCAACCAUGUCGAUUUGCUCAGGAAGAUCGAGGCUCGAAAUGAUAAAAUCGAUUUCCCUAGAGAAUGUAUAGCAAGUGAUGAUAUUCGAGGGUUGGUACGCAGUUUAUUGAAGAGGAACCCACUUGAGAGGAUGUCAUUUCAAGAGUUUUUUGAUCACCCUGUGGUUCGAAAUGAAAUCCCUGGUGCCGCUGUAAGUGCACCGGCACCCUUAGUAUCAGAGGUGGCGAUAAGACCCAGAAGUAGCUUGGCUGCUAUCAGAACCGAAGCAAUGCCAAUGAGGAGAAGCCCAUCACUGCGAACACCGCGUGACGAGAGGGCACUUGAAGCCGACCGAGAAGGGACAGGAAGAAGUGCACCGGAUCAUCACUACAUUCCACCGUCUCCAAGGACUAGGACAGCUGUAGAGUCAUCCGCCUUGCCUUUUGCAACCCUUAGCCCAUCCGGGGCCUCACCACGAUUGGUUGAGCGAAGGCUCACUACACAAAUUCCUUCCGCUGGACCAUCAUCACCAGCUUUUGAACGGCCACAGUCUCGCCCUUCACUUACAAAUCAUUCAACUGCACCAGCUAGGCAAGGGUGGAAUUCAGGUAGAGAUACUGGUGCUGUGCCUAUGGAGAGGGUUCAGAGCAGAGGCACAGAUCCAUCACCUGGUAGCUCACUAUUGGUGCAAAGAGGUGAACGAGUUGAACGAAUUGAGCGAGGAGAACCAGUCAGAGACAGGUACUCCCAGCGCUCCCCAAGUGGUAGGGAUAUGCGACCAGUUGAAGAAGAGCAGGGAGAGAAGGAGGACUACGUUUUCAUCGACAAACAAUAUGUACAGGUUAACUCUUUUGCCGAUGAGAUUGCAACUAGGGGAACUGGUCGAACUACACCAUCACCCUCAUCAAGCGCUCUGUCACGUAGAAUCCCUGGUGGAUACCAGGCCACGCCUUCGAGGGCUAUUGCGGUGACCAGCCGACGCCCUGAAGUUCAAUCUCACUCUAAGGGGUCCUAUGACCGACGUUAUGGAUCUUCGCCAGGGAGGUCAACACUAGCAAAGGCAUUAGAAAUCGCCAAUGCCCGUCUUUUUGGCGUCAGUGUCUCACCACCAAAUCAGAGCCCACCAAACAUGCAAUCAGGAUAUCCCCCGCAACACAAUCCCGGGAGUAUGGUUAUGCUCAGCAAUGCUGGCGGUCUCGCGGAAGAUGAUAUGAUGGCUAUUCAAACUAUUGAAGAUGCUGCGAGUAGGAGUGACGUUGUGUACAACUUCGCAGAAGUCAAAUGGGCACAGUUGGUGCCGUCGGCUCCUUCAGCACCUCGUGGGCUUGGAUUGCUACCUUCAUCGGGCAGUGCUGGAGAGUUAGGGUUUGGAGGCGAAUCGUCUCCGGGAAGCAGCGACAUGCACCUAACUCCAGAUGCAGUUGUCCAGCUCGCCGAAGAGGCAUUGGUCUUGUACGUGAAGGCACUUGGAUUGCUGUCAAAGGCUAUGGAAUUUGCAAGCACUUGGUGGUCUACAUCAAACUCACGACCUGGAUCGAUGAGCCCAGCUGCUCAAAUGGCUAGCGCCCGAGUCAGCAGUGUCGUUCUAUGGGUCCGAGAGCGAUUCAACGAAGUUUUGGAAAAGGCUGAGUUUGUUCGUAUCAAAUUGAUGAACGCACAAAAGGAGUUGCCGAGAAGUCAUCCAAGUCACCCAAGAAACAACCCAGAUAACGAUGACAUGGGUGCGGGUACGGAGAAUGUAGCAGUUACUCCUGGAGUGACUGCCGAGAAAUUGAUGUAUGACCGCGCUCUCGAGAUGAGUAAUGCGGCAGCCGUCAAUGAAUUGAUCGGAGAGGAUCUCAAUGGGUGUGAGGUGGCUUAUGUCACUUCAAUCCGGAUGCUGGAAGCUGUUUUGGAAAGAGAUUCCAGUGAGAAUGAGGCGGAUUGCGGACAGAUGGAGGAGGAAGAUAGGCGAAUCGUAGAGAAGUACAUGGAAAGCAUUCGUGUCAGACUUGGUUGUUUGAAGAAGAAGUCUGCAAUGAUUAUGUCGAAACGAUCUUCUGGAAUUCAGUCCAUCCACUCCAACCACGGCUCUCCGCAUCUACCCUCCAUGUCUCCGGUCAUGGGUUUGGGGAUGGGGAUGUCUCCGAAAUAA